CAUUUGUCCGAACAAUUAUUAAAAAAACGUUUCCACACACCAAAUAAAAUUAUCGUGAAAAGAAAAAACGUUUUAUACGAAAGAUGGGAGAAAACUAUAAUUACUGGAAAUCUCGUGAGUGGAUGUACAAAAGAAUCGACGAAAGGACGAAUAAUAUCUCAGCCGAGUUUUCAGCCGGGGUGGAAGAGUUCAUGAAUUUUGCAAAUAGCCAGCCAUUAGCACAAAGCAGUGGCGUGCAUGGACUCGUGGGUAGAACUUUUUACGGAAUAUCUACCAGCGGACAAUCAAGCAACUGGUUCCUAUUACGAGACAGAGAAGUUGAUGAGAAAUUUAGGGCUUCCAUUUUAUACAAUUGAUGUGUGUAUUAACAAUUGUAUGAUCUUUUGGAAAGAAGAUGAAAAAUGGGAUAACUAUCGAUUUUGUGAUGCACCACGAUAUAAGCCUAGCGAGGGACGAACCAAAAUACCAUUCAGCCGUAUGUGGUAUUUACCUAUUGCUGAUAGACUAAAGAGAAUGUAUCAAAGCGAGAAGACUGCGGCUGCAAUGAGAUGGCAUGCUGAGCACGAAGCAGAGGAGGGAGAGAUGUGUCAUCCAUCUGAUGGAGCAGAGUGGAAAAACUUUCAACAACUACAUCGUCAUUUUGCUGAUGAACCCCGUAAUGUUUACUUGGAUUUAUGUACAGAUGGAUUUAAUCCAUUUGGCAUGUCCCGUAAUCAUUCAUUAUGGCCUGUAAUCCUGACGCCAUAUAACUUACCUCCUGGUAUGUGUAUGAAUGAAGAGUACUUGUUUCUUACAAUUUUGAAUUCUGGUCCAAAUCAUCCUCGCUCUAGUCUUGAUGUUUUCCUUCGACCUCUUAUUGAUGAGUUGAAAGAAUUAUGGAAUAGUGGAGUCGAGGCAUUUGAUGCAUCAUUGAAUCAAAAUUUUAAUUUAAAGGCAGUGCUUAUGUGGACGAUUAGCGAUUUUCCAGCAUAUGGAAUGUUGUCUGGAUGGACGACACAUGGUAGAUUAUCGUGUCCAAUUUGCAUGGAUGAUACAAAAGCCUUUCAGUUGACAAAUGGAAAGAAGACAUGUUGGUUUGAUUGUCACCGAAGGUUUCUUCCUCAUGGUCAUCCGUUACGGAAGAACAAAACAAACUUUCUGAAGAGAAAGGACGCUUUGAAUGAUUAUCCACCAAGAUCUUUGACGGGUGAACAAGUUUUAAAAGAGCAGAUAAGACAGGUCAAUCCACCCAAAACAUCUGAAUGUGGUGGAAACGGUCAUGAUGUAAAGAAGAAAGGAUAUGGGAAUUGGCAUAAUUGGCACAAAGAAAGCAUCUUCUGGGAGCUGCCGUAUUGGACAGACCUUAAUCUCCGGCAUAAUCUUGAUGUGAUGCAUAUUGAGAAGAAUUUUUUUGAUAACAUCAUCAAUACUGUUAUGAACGUUAAGGACAAGUCAAAAGAUACUGUGAAGGCACGUCUGGAUAUAGCAAUAUUUUGCAAUCGAAAAGAUUUGCAUGUUGAUGAUUACAAGUCUUUGCAAAGACUUCUACAAGGAUCAUCAACCGGACCAAGUCAGUGGCGUGUCUAGGCAAGAGGCUGUUCAGAGCAGUCUUGGCAAGUGAGGAAGAAGGCUCUCC